CACACACACACACACACAGACUCAGGCUGCAUCCUCCCCUCUCCACUUCCACCUUCACUCUCACCUCUCUGCUCCUCUCGUCUCCUUUCAUUUCAUCACCUACUAACACACAUCAUCUCUCACACAUCUCCACCGUCUGUUGUCUCCCUCUCCCUUCACACUCUCUCAUCCAUCUCUCCCCCUUUCCCUCCUCUUUCUCAGACAGUCAACCUUGCUGUCUCACACAAAUGAACCUGUACACACACUCGUGCUGAUUGGCGGCCAAGGACAGAGCACCCAUAGCGGCUACCAGACAGUUUGCACGCUUGGCCGGUCUUUUUGACACUGAGCUCAGCUGAGGAAGAGGACGAGACCAUGGAGCACAGCCACAUCUUCCCUGUUUUUUCCCCAAACGGGAGCACCUGGAGCCCAGGGCAGUAUCCCCCUGAGGUUGCCCAGGGAUGCCCUCUUGGACCACUGCCUGUCAUCUACUACAGUGUCCUGCUCUGUCUCGGCCUGCCGGCCAACAUCCUGACAGUGGUUAUCCUGUCCCAGCUGGUGCUGCGUCGUCAGAAGUCCUCCUACAACUAUCUGCUGGCUCUGGCAGCCGCUGACAUUCUAGUCCUACUCCUGAUUGUUUUUGUCGACUUCAUAUUGGAGGACUUCAUUUUGGUUGUGCCGCUGCCUCCGUCAUUAAACAAUGCAGUGCAGGUCCUGGAGUUCUCCUCCAUUCACACCUCCAUCUGGAUCACCGUGCCUUUGACCAUUGACCGCUACAUCGCUGUUUGCCACCCGCUGCGCUACCACACAGUCUCCUACCCAGCUCGCACACGAAGGGUGAUAUUUGCAGUUUAUAUUGGGUGUCUGCUGUCUGCAGCUCCUUAUUACUGGUGGCCUGAGCUAUGGCACAGCCUACCAGGAAUGGGCAGCGAUGGUGGUGGAGCAGGAGGAGGAGAGAGCAACAGAACGGUGGCCCAACAUGUUCUUGUGUGGGCCCACUGUGCUACCGUCUACCUCCUUCCUUGCACCGUCUUCUUCUCCCUUAAUGCUGUCAUUGUGCGCAAGCUCCGCAAACGCCGCAGCUGUUUCCGCCUCCGUGGUUACUCUACUGGCAAAACCACCGCCAUUCUCCUCGCUAUAACGUCCAUCUUUGCUGUUCUGUGGGCACCACGCACCCUCAUGAUCCUCUACCAUUUCUACUCCCCGCCUCCAGCCACACAAGAUGCUGGUCGACUGCUGCACAUGCUCACGGAUCUGGCAAACAUGCUAGCACUGCUCAACACUGGUGUCAACUUUUUCCUCUACUGUUUCAUCAGCAAGCGUUUCAGGGGCAUGGCAGCUAACGUGCUGAGAGCGCUGGUCCACUGCCGAAAGCAGCCAACGCCGUUCUACGCCAGCCACAACUUCUCCAUCACAAGCAGUCCCUGGAUCUCACCAGCCAACUCUCACUGCAUCAAGAUGUUUGUGUACCAGUAUGACAAAAACGGAAAGCCUAUCUGUAUCUCCUCUUGAGUAUUCAGCCACCAGCAGCAGCCCCCACCCUCAAUCCUGGGAAAACAUAUUUUGGGAUUUGUCUCUGUGGUGAUCAGCUUUGCCCACAUGAGACUCUUUGAGGCUCUAAAAUGUCAACAAGCCCAGAGAGAACAGAGGUGUGACUAGCUCUCAUAACAAAGUGACAGCCUAGCAAGGUGGAAAAGCAGACAGCCGACGUGUGCUUGGGAGGCCUUUCAUGUCCAAUAAACUGAUUGUUUCCGACAAGCAAAAAAAAAAAAAGGUGCGUCACUGAGUGCUGCUCGAGUGAGUGACUGAUCAAAAAGGUUAACACCGUCAUCCAUCACUGACUUUAUUUGCCAACAUUUCUAAUUGUGCUAUGGUAUAAACUAGAUGAAACCUCGGUGAAGCAUCAACUGGUUGGUGACAUUGGUUCCUUUAUGGACACUCGCUCAUGUACACGGCUGCCAAACGGUGAAGUGACUUGAACAGCUGCGUCUUCGUUCCAUGGGGAGUCAUUUCCACACAGCAAAGAUCCAGUCAGAGUCCGGGCAUUAAACACCUCACCUGAUGGGGUGAGUCACUCAGGCAGAGCCAACGACAGUGUGUCCACUGCCUGUAUAACUGACUGUCUCUCAAGUAAUGUACAUCAGUGCUGUCAAUUCCAGUUUAAUAUGCAGAGGAGACUCAAAGGCAUGAUAAAUGGGGCUUUCAUUAAACAGCCCUGACUGACGUUAACUCAUGUGUUUGAUGAUCACAUCAUAGCAGGGCAGGUUACCUACAGACGAGACUCGCUAAGAAAGAACAAGUCAUCCCACAUCCAAGCUCACAGAUUGUUGUAGGAUGAGUAGGUGCUUUGCUUAUUGUUUGUAAAAUAUUUAUUAAUGGUAAACUUGACUGUUACUGUAGUUUCAUAAAAGACACAAUAUGUCUUGGGUGCCAUUGUGUCUCCAAGGUCAUUAAUGUUGUAAUCAUAUUUCCAAUAUUAGGAAGAGGAAAUUUUUGCUGUUAGUAGAUAGUCCUCUAUUGACUAUUAAUGGUCUAUGAUGACUUACUGUUAGCCAUUACCUUGUUGAAUAUGAUGAAUGUAAAUCAGCAUCUGUCCAACCCUUUAGCUGUCUGAGACUGAGAGACGAGAGAGAUGGAGAGGGCAGAGAAUUCUGCUCACUUCAGCUUUGUUUCUCCUUUCCAAGACUUUCUGUACCAUGAUACAACAGUGUGUUUGGUCUCAGGGCAACAGAGGCACAAACUCAGCUCUACCUUUUCUCCUGCUGCACGGCUGUCCAGUAACAUGUAACAUCAAAACAGUGGCAUGCAUCAGCUCUGGCUCAGCGCUCUCACUGUUUGGCAUCUCAACCAAGCAAAAAUUGAACAACACGCUAACACACAUUGUACUGUAUUGACAGAGUAUGACAGAGUACAUUCAAAUCAAUCCACAUCCAUUCUGCAGACUAUUUGUUUCACCAGAGGUCCAGAGGUGUACAUCUCUCCUUUAAGAUUGAUGCUACAUGACGUACGCCCAGAUGAUCUUACUCCAACCACUCCACCACCCAGCUGCAAGACAUGCUUAUGCCAUCAAAUGUCCAGGUUUUUUGCAGUAGAAUCACUGGAAAAAUGUUCAUGGACACUUUUAUUCUGACCUGUUGCAGUCUUCUUAAUGUAAAUGUGCAGGGAGAGAACCGUUAUACCAUUAUAUUGGGACAAUACAGAGUGAUGAUAGGCCUAAUGAGUGUGUGCUUAUUUGGUAAUGGCUUAAAUGUAAUGGAUAUUAAUAUACAUGUAAAAUUCACACACAGCACACACACAGCAUUGAAUCUGAUGAAUGUCUGUCUGUGUACGUGUAAUUGAUAAUCCAACUUUAGUUUGACUCUCAGACAUUUGACACACUUAAGGAAAUGUCUGCAGCUCCCAUAUCUGACUUAGUGCCUCAUUUCAGCCAUUGUCUGUUCAACAUCAUUUAACCAAAAUUGAAUACAUAUAGUAUUUAACCAGUAGUGCACCGUGGAUUCAGAUGGAUUAUAUAUGACAUACAGUAAUAUUUAGUCUCUGAAUCAGGGGCCAAUGAUCUGGGGGCCACUGAGCAUCUAGUCUGAUCAGAAAGGGGCAGGUCAAGCAAAAGUUGUAUUGUUUGGGGAAGGAGAUAUAAGCUCAAAAUGAUAUCACAAUAUUCCAUCCUGAUAUUGCAGUAUUGAUAUUCAUAAAGAUAUUACACAGGCUACAAUGGAAUUGAUUUUGGGGCUGCAUUUGGCCCACCAGCCAAAAGUUUGAGACCUAUGUUCUUAAUAUUAGCCCCCAUAAUGAAAUCAUGCGAAAAUUUGAAUGAAAGCAAUGGAAAACAGAAAGCCACAUUACUGAUGGAUGAGAAAAUCAUAUUAAUAUUAUAAAAGUAUUGUUAUAUUUGACUCUUAAUUCAGCAAGUGUUUGGUAUUUAACAUACAAGUUAAGUAGAUGUUAACUUAAGUGUGUGCAAUGGUCUAUAACAUCACAUUAAAUAUGAAAUUAACCGAGAUUCAUACUAAUAGACCCAUUAUGUAAAAAUAUUUAUUUUUCAGUUAGAGCUACAUUAAUCACGAUAAGUGCUGAAUUUGCACAAAUUCCAGCUGCUGGUUUAUGUGAUAUUUUUCCAAUCAAUGAUUAACCAGAUUCUCCCAGUCUCCCUCUCGUCUCUGUUCAGUUGGCACUCAGGCUACAAUUCCACUCUCAAUUCCUAUCCCAUUGUUGCACACAAAUUGAUUUUCUUCAGGACUGCUAAAUGAAUGAAGGCGCACUGGUUGCCAAAUGCUCCACACCCUCUUUUGCCCAUAAAAUCCCACUUGUCCCUUAUUCCUCGCAUUUUAUGACAAAUAAACUUUGCUCAAAGUGGAUUUCACCUAAGUUCCCUCUUUGUUUUACAUUAAGUGAUUAUCUUGAGGUUGUUUGCACAUAAGGUUUGCUCUUUGACUUCAUAUCAGAAAAUUGAUCCAUGUAUUUGGGGGAGGCCGAGGUGGGGGUGGUGUGUGUGUGUGUGUGUGUGUUAAGCAGCUGGAUGUUGAGUAUUAUUUGAUGGAGAUGAACUACCAACAUGUCUAUAACCAGUAAUCACUUGGCUCCUUGACCAGUCACCCGUCAAUUUCAUUUCCUUUAGUGUAAAGGCAGCAAAAUAAGUGCUUUCAUGCUAAUCACUACUUUGUAAUGAUCAGUGCUGCGAUCAUUAGCGAAAAUCAGAUCAUAAAAGCAAAUUCGGGCUACAGCCCAAGGAGCUCAUUCCAGAUCAUUGUUGCCAUGACAUUGGUUUCUCCUGUGAACCCCAUCCAGUGUUUCAGCCAUGUUAAUGUGACAUUUGUGAGACAACCAAUGCCCUCAUUCCCGCAGCCUCCAGGGAACGAGGCAAACAUGCUGGGAAACCAAAGCAGAAGGUUGAGUCGGAGGUGUCACAUGCAGGUGUUCCUCUGCCUCCCACAUGAGGUGUGUGUUUGUCUGUGUAUGUGUGUGUGGUUGUUGCCAAGAAAUCUUCCUCAUUAUAAGGGGAGGAAAAUAUCAGGAUCUUCAGUCCAAUAUUAAAAAGAUGACCAAACAUGAAUCACACAGAGGGGAAAAAUGUUUUCUUUGUAUUUCUCACACAUCCUGCACUCCUCAAUUUCCCCUCUGUCUCUCUUGACCUGCUUAGCCCACAGAGUGUGUAUACAUGUCUGUCUGUGGUUGUCAGGAAACAUUUUCAAACGAUUGGCAAGUGUCUUCACGACCACAGUCAAGCAAGCGUGUGUGUGUACACAAAACCCGUUAUUAGACAGAGAGAUGCUUUAAAAUGUGUAAUGUAUAUGAAAUCAAAUAUUUAUUAAUACUCAGUCCUGAUGAAUUUAAUUACAAUUUAGCACAGUGUCACAAUGUAUCCAUGAAUUGAAUGUACAACUGAUGCUUCUGGCAUUUUAUGUUGGUUUUUUAUUUAGUUUUUUUUUGUAUUUUCUACACAAUGACCUUUUUUGAGUAGACUUUUACCUUUCUCCAUGGCAGUGUUUAAAAACAGUAUUUUCUGAUUGUACUGGAGUGAUUAUAUGCUUGCAAAAUUAAUUAAUUUCCUCCUAAUGAAUGUAUUGAUUGUGUAAAAAAGUAUGCAUUAACUUGUCAUGAGAAAGUACACAGAAAAGUAUUGGUUAAUUUCAAUAUUUUUGAUCAAAGAAAUAAAGGAUCUCGAAGAAUUGAUGUA